ACUUCAUAAGUAUUAAACAUGGAACAUCACCAGAUGGAAAGCAAUGCACAAUAGUCACAACAAAAGAUCAUUUAAAGUUAGAUGCUGUUCGCAGAGACCUAUCAUCAAAAGGAGACAAGUCAACAUCAAAGAAAAGAAAAAGAGACAGUGAUUCUAGCGGUGAUGUGGUAUUGUCAUCAACUCCUGCUGAAAUGAAGCCCAGGCUUGAAUCAGUUGAUGACAUUGAGAGUCUUUUAUCAAUGCCAACUAUGAAGGAGAUGGAAAACAAAAAAGUUGGGGAAGAAAUUUUGGAUUUACUCAAUGUACCAUCACAUAAGGAACAAUCUACAGUUGAAAAAUUCAAGUCUCAAGGUGGAGCAUUUGUUCAUGAGUUCUGUGAUCAUGGCACAAGAGGAGAUUGUAGAAAGAACAAUCCACAGAGUCAACCUUGUAGGAAGGUCCACUUCAGAAAAAUUAUCCAAAAGCAUACAGAUGAAUCUCUUGGAGACUGCUCAUUUCUAAACACUUGUUUUCACAUGGAUACUUGCAAGUAUGUUCAUUAUGAGGUUGAUUACAGUGAUGUUGAAAUGAACAAAGAAGAGAAAGAAAAAGACAAGAAAAAGGAGGAUAAGACAUCUUUGACAAAAACUGCAGAGGAAGAAAACCGAGUCAUACUCUACCCACCUCAGUGGAUUCAGUGUGACAUGAGGUAUUUUGAUAUGACUGUGUUAGGCAAGUUCUCUGUAGUAAUGGCAGAUCCACCGUGGGAUAUUCAUAUGGAGUUACCUUAUGGUACAAUGUCAGAUGAUGAGAUGCGUAAGCUAGAUGUUCCUUCUCUUCAAGAUGAAGGUUACAUUUUCCUUUGGGUCACUGGACGCGCCAUGGAAUUGGGUCGAGAAUGUUUGAAACUUUGGGGUUACGCGCGGUGUGAUGAGUUAAUCUGGGUUAAAACAAACCAGUUACAAAGACUUAUAAGAACGGGAAGGACUGGGCACUGGCUUAAUCACGGAAAGGAACAUUGCCUGGUUGGUGUGAAAGGAGAUUGUAAGAAUUUUAACAGAGGUCUGGACUGUGAUGUUCUAGUCGUGGAGGAGAGACAGACAAGUCACAAACCAGAUGAAAUCUAUGGAGUGAUUGAAAGGCUUGCACCAGGCACAAGGAAAAUAAAACUGUUUGGAAGACAGCACAACGUUCAACCGAACUGGUAAGUAGUUUAUUUCAUACUUCUUGAAAGGAAAAAGUAGAAACUGGAUCGUAACAUUAUGCUAAGUUUGUGUGUAGGACGGUAUUUUCUCAAAAUUCAAGGCCGAGUGUCAUUUUCAGGUCUUAUUGGUAUCCCUGGGCACCUUCACACCGUCAACGUUUGAGUAUUCUAUUUGUUUUGCUCCUUUGGAAGCUCAGUGGAGAGAAAUUUACAGGUUUACACUUAAAAAGUGUGGCAGGUGCGGUGGCCUCAUGUUCAGUGCGCUCGUCUCCGGAUCGAGCGGUCCUGGUUCGAGCCCUGGCCGUGGACAUUGUAUUGUGUUCUUGGCCAAGACACUUUACUCUCACAGUGCCCCUCUCUACCCAGGUGUAUAGAUAGGUACCGG